GCAGGGAGUUCGCUUGAGGAGUUUAAUGACGCUGGGUUACAUUUUGGGAACAAUUUCACUGCCAGAACUUCUGAAACUAAACAGAUAUCGAAUUCACUUUUAGAUUUAAAAUUGCUUUUGAUCCUGCAUCCACGUUUCUGUAAAUAGUCUAAAGAAAAUUAGUCUCUAUAUAUAUAAUAAAAUCACAAGAUUCUUCCAGAAUUAAAACGUUUUCAAGAGGCGAGUUUAUUGUUGAGAGAUAGAUAUAUUUUUUAUUAACUUACAAAUAUGAAUAGUUAACCGAUAAGAGAAUUUGAGAUUAUUAUUAUUAUUAUUAUUAUUAUUAUUAUUAUUAUUAUUAUUAUUAUUAUAGGUUAGAUUUAUAGAAAUCCAAAUUGAAAUUGAGAGUAAAAUCUACAGGAAAAUCUCCUUGCAAUUUUCAGUUAAAUUGACAGGAAAAAUCGCAUUGAAAAUUGGAGUUAAAUUUGCAGAAAUCAAAUUGAAACCUGAAGUAAAUAAAUUCACAGCGAAAUCAAAUUGAAACUUUUACCUACUGUUAAAAUAACACAAAAUCCCAAACCAGAAAUUCAUUUUUACAGGAGAAAGAACUAGAUUGAAGAGAGAGAGAGAGAGAGAGAGAGAGAGAGAGAGAGAGAGAGAGGAGAGAGAGAGAGAGAGAGAGAGGAGAGGACAAGGGGGGAGAGAGAGAAGAGAGGAGAGGAGAGGGGAGGGAGGGAGAGGGAGAGAGGGAGAGUAGAGGAGAAGAGGGAGAGGGAGAGAGGAGAGUAGAGGAGAAGGGAGAGAGGGAGAGAGAGAGGAGAGAGCAAGAGAGAGAGAGAAGGGAGAAGGGAGGAGAGAGAGAGGAGAAAGAGAGGAGAGGAGAGGGGAGAGAGAGGGAGGGAGGGAGAGAGAGAGAAGGGAGAGAGGGAGAGGGAGAGAGGAGAGAGCAAGAGAGAGAGAGAAGGGAGAAGGGAGGAGGGAGAGAGGAGAGAGAGAGAGGAGAGGGAGAGGAGAGAGUAGAGGACAAGGGGGGAGAGAGAGAAGAGAGGAGGGAGGGGAGAGAGGGAGAGUAGAGGAGAAGGGAGAGAGAGAUUGCGAGAGAGAGAGAGAGGAGAGGGAGGGGAGAGUAGAGGAGAGAUUUCCUAUUCGUUUUUGGAGGAGCGCCGUACAGUUUAGCUGUCUCUCUGUCCGUCUCUGCGGCACACUGUCGCCAUGACGACCCGCAGGACGGAUAAGAUCAAUAUUCAGGAGCACAUGGCGAUCAACGUGUGCCCAGGUCCCAUCCGACCCAUCAAGCAAAUCUCUGACUACUUCCCAAGAUUCCAUGACUACCCCGCGGCCAUCGUGGCCAAGAAACCCGAAGCGCCCAAACCAGCGCCCGCGCUGCCCAGCAACGGACCCGCGAGCUCCGAGAGAGAGGGGGAGGGGCGGGGGGAGGAGCGGGAAAGGGAGAGGGAGGAGGAGGAAGAGGAGGAGGAGGAAGAGGAGGAGGAGGAGGAGAGGAAGACGGACGUCAGUCAGCCCGCUUCUGAAGCCGAACAGGAUGGUUACGAUUCAGACGACGCGACCUCUUUGGGGAUGCUGGAAUUCAGUCUUCUCUUUGACCAGAAAAGCAACGCCCUGCACUGCAGCAUCCACAAAGCCAAGGGUCUAAAGCCAAUGGACUCCAAUGGGCUGGCAGACCCCUAUGUUAAACUGCAUCUAUUACCUGGAGCAAGCAAGGUGAGG